UCUCAAAAGCUUGCUGGACGACGAAGAUCUACCGCUUGACGCUCUUCAGUACUGUAAGCUUCGACGCUCUUCUCUGAGCUAAUACUCCAGAGAGCUCACUCAUUCCCGAACGAUGCAAGUUGCAAACUUUGACAAAACAGCAUCGAAUACUCCAAGCCAGAUCUCUCCCUGUCGUACUAGGAUGUCGUUUUCGAUGUGAUCCUGAGAACCCAUCUUCUCUACAUUCCUUACGAUGCUCCCAAAAUGCCGCCAAAAGCUCUCCCUACCAUUUCCGCUGACCAAACAGACCCUCGCCACCCUGUUGAAAGCAUGCUCCUCACAGCCCCACCAGCUCGAGCAAAUCCAUGCGCUCGUCCUAACCACUGGGCUCUCGGUGAAAAACAGCCUCAUCACUCAGUUGCUCGCCAAUAUAGUAAUUUUGGGCGACAUUCAGUACGCGCGCAAACUGUUCGAUGAAAUGCACAAGCCAAGAAUUUUCUUGUGGAACACCCUGAUCCGGGGAUAUGCGAAGAAUGACAUGCCCAUGGAGUCGGUUUCACUCUACGGGAAGAUGACUUCUCUCGGCGUUCGCCCCGACGGAUUUACUUUUCCCUUUGUGGUGAAGGCAUCCACCGAGCUGCCCGAUUGCUGGGCCGGUUUGACUAUCCAUGCCCACGUGGUAAAAUAUGGGCUUGAGUAUAAUGCCAUGGUGAGAAAUGAAUUGAUGAUAAUGUACGUGAAGUUUGGGGACGUGAGAUUGGCUGAUUACUUGUUUGAGACCAUGAUAGAGAGAGAUCUAGUGGCUUGGAAUUCUUUCAUUGCAGCGUGCGUGCAGAUGGGGUACGCCAGUAAGGCCCUCGCACUGUUCCAUCAGAUGGGAUUGGCCAGGAUGACGCCUGAUGGCGUGACUAUUGUAAGUGCCCUAUCGGCGUGUGGUCAGUUGGGAUGUUUAAACAUUGGCAAUAAGAUUUUUGAAUCUGCCGUAAAUGACGGGAUGGAGAGCAAUAUUAUUGUUGAGAAUGCACGGCUCGACAUGUGUGUGAAAUGUGGUAGUACUCAUACGGCAAGAACUUUAUUUGAUGAAAUGCAUCUUAAAAAUGUUGUUUCGUGGAGUGCGAUGAUUUUAGGCUAUGCAGUUAAUGGGAAGAGUGAAGAAGCUUUGGCUCUGUUCUCUAGAAUGCAGAACGAAGGGCCAAAACCAAAUUAUGUCACUUAUCUUGGAGUUUUAUCUGCAUGUAGCCAUGCCGGACUUGUGAGUCAAGGUCGGGCUUACUUUAACUACAUUGUGGAUUCAAAUGAUCAGAAUAUUCGGCCUAGAAGAGAGCAUUAUUCUUUAAUGAUCGAUCUCCUUGGCCGCUCAGGACACGUUGAAGAGGCUUAUAGCUUUAUAAUGGGUAUGCCCAUUGAGCCAGAUGCAGGAGUUUGGGGUGCUUUACUGGGUGGCUGUGCAAUCCACAAGAAUGUUAAAGUGGGUCAGGUUGCAGCGGAUAAGCUUUUUGAGUUAGGAACUGAUAUUGCUUCGUAUCAUGUUCUAUUAUCUAACAUGUAUGCUUCUGCUGGAAGGUGGGACUAUGUUGAUAAAGUUAGACUAAGGAUGAGAAAGAAGUGCAUUAAGAAAGUAGCUGCGUAUAGCUCUAUUGAGCUCAACAGCGAAGUGUAUGUUUUUUACAGUGGAGACAAGUCUCAUCCACAGUCGUCAAGCAUAUAUCAGAAGUUGGAGGACUUAUAUAUGCAGAUCAAGAGUUUGGGUUACAUCUCAGAAGUUGGUUCUGUUCACCACGACGUGGAAAUGGAGGAGAAGGAAGCCAUGCUGCGUGUUCACAGUGAAAAGCUUGCUGCUGCAUUUGGUCUUAUUAAUGUAGAACCUGAAUUCCCCAUUCGUGUCAUAAAGAAUCUGAGGACUUGUGAUGACUGCCAUAAUUUCUUUAAGUUCAUUUCAAAAAUUAGCAUGAGGGAGUUUAUUAUGAGAGAUAAGAGCAGGUUCCAUCAUUUCAGAAAUGGUAUAUGUUCCUGCAAAGACUUCUGGUGAUUACUGGAGAGAGCAGCUAUACAAGAGCAGAUUAAUGGUGCAUAGACCUGCUGCUUUUGGGUGGGAGGAAGUUUUCUCAAUGUAUCAUAUCUCAAAGUGGACAGUUUUCUAACACAGAAUUAACUGAUGUUUAGUUCCUGGUAUUUUAUUAAAAAUACAAAAUGUCAAUUGUAAAUUUCAUAUUGAAAUUUCUCUAAGAGAAAAUUAUAGAACAAUAUAUAUGUCAUUCCAUCUCCCUCCUGAUUUUUCUCAUUAAAAUAAAUCAAGUUAUACGGACUAUAAACUUGUCAAAUUAAAAAAUGUAAAGAAUGUUAGACAAAAAUAGCUACAUAAGAAAAUAUAAGGAAUUUGUUUUCUGAUUGGUUGUUGCAAUGGCGAGAUUAUCAUUUCUUUUUGCAUUCCCAAGCAUAAAAUUUAGUGUAAUUUAUCCCAUUUCAGAUCUCUGUGCAUUUUGCCAAUUAAAGGUGAAAUAUUUUCUUAAGUUGAAUAGGCUUUGGGGGCAACAAGGUAAAAUUGAGGUGUGUAAGUGUGACAAUGGUAUAUAUGUUUGCCAAAUGGGGGAAUAUUUUUAUUGGAUAUUGAGGAAUGGACCAUGGUAUAUCAACCAACAGCCAAGGAUUAUGUGUAAACAGACUUCUACACUCCAGUGAGUCCAAUCCUUGAAGAUUGGUUUUUGUCGAACACCUUCUUGGAUUAGAUUGAAGAAAGUUCCGGUGGAGUUUAUGACGGAAACUGGAGUAGCUAUAUCUCCAGUGCUAUAGAUGUUGGACUAAGCAUGGACAACAGAACAUGGUUUUUAGUUAGAUACUGCAAUUCUUUGUGCUGAAUUUAAUGUUGGAUCAGGUUUUGUUUGAUACUGUUCCUGUGCUAACUGAAGAUGGGAGAUAAACUCCGAUUUGCAUGGAGGAUUUUGGAAACCUCAAAUGUCCAACAAGCAGUGUCAGAAAAAGCAGAUACAGAAACACAGCUUGGAAUCUCUCAGAACACUCUUGAUAUUGAGGAUUCUUCUGACUGUCACAAGGACAAGGCGUUCGCUGACGAGGUUCCGGGCAGAAUUCGUCAACAUAACCUUGUGGGCAGCUACUGAGACAAAAUUGCAUUUGCAAAACGUUCUCCGAAAAUCACAAUAGAAAGAAGCAAUCGAGGAGUUUGUAUCAGUUUCAUCAUCAGUUUUAUCUUUCUUGCCUAAGAUAUCUUGAUGGUCGUGGUCCUGAUCUUAGUGGGGAAAUGAAUGGUUUUAAAUAAGCCCUGUAAGCAUGCAGAAGUUAAAACUGUGAGCACUUUUAAAUUGUGUUAUUUGCUUUACAUGAUACUAUAGUGCAAGAAACAGAAUGGAUGGGAAUGUCAAAAAGACGGUUUUCUUGAUGGAAAUCUUGCCACAAUCAUCAAGCUUAUCAGCUCUUGGGUUACUUUGAAACUCUACCUAUUAUCUAGUCUUGCUUAUUUCUGAUUCAUAAUAUGUUCACUAUGAUCAAAGAAAAGUCGCUUUUCUCCUACUCCGUGCAUGCAUUGAACUUUUGUGAUCAGAGAGCUUCUUUGUGGGGCAAGAUGAACUUUAUUUGCAGGUUCUAUUCUUGAUUCUCGUUGGAUGAUUGCUGGAGAAUACAACACUAUCAGAAGUUCUCAUGAAGCCAAUAAUGGGUUGGGAUGUUUUUUUCAGGAUAUUUCUUCAUUUCAGCAGAUUCUUGAUGCAGUUGAUCUGAAUGGUGUCAUUUAGUUGGAUGCUCUUUAACUAGGAAGAUCUGAGGGCUAGGUUACUCGAAAGAUUGUUUGUAUGAAGGAAAAAUCUAUAUGUGCUUAUCUUGAGGAUUCAACAUCAGAUAUCAAUUCCCGGUUCUUCUGUCCUCAUCGAAGACGGAAAGAGGCUUGCAGCAGAUUUUAUGAGGCUGAAGCUAGCAGAAGCAUGAUUUUAAUAAACAGAAGGGUCCAUGUCACUUGGCUCAUGUUAGGUGAUCAUAAUUAUAGUUUUUCCAGAUCGAAUUGUCAAUUAAGUCCCCCUGGGUUUUACUC